ACCAUCUGAUUUCCAUUUAUGAAAUGACGAGUUUGUUUUGAUAAGAUGGAUCUUAAUUGUGCUAGCGAGUUUAGUAAUCUUCAGUUUUAGAGAUUUGUAAAUGAAAAAUGUCAUUAAUAUGAAUCAAAAAGGAACUGUUAAAACUAAAGUUUCUAUAUUUCAGAUUUCACUAAUAGAGAACUGCUACACACUUAAAAAAUAUAUGGCAUCAAUGCAGAUCCGCGUCUUUGAAAUGCAAAUUUUAUGUAAAAACGAUACAUAAUUUACAUAAAUAUAAAGUAAUUCCAUAACUGGAUGAGUCUUGUUUAUAUGUAUGUACUUAUGUACAACUUACGUAUGCAGAUUUGUAGAUAGAAUUCUUAAAUGUGCUUUAGUAAUUACGGCAAGACUAUCCAUUGUGACGUUAUAGCAUCCCAAACGUUUAGAAUUGAAAAUGAGCGGGAUGAAAAAGAUUUUACUCAUUAGCGGCAAAAGAAAAUCAGGAAAAGAUUACAUUUCCAGCGCACUUCAUAAUAUACUCAGUGAUCGUAGUCAAAUCGUUCGCAUUUCAACGCCCAUAAAAGGCGAAUGGGCAAAACGACUCAAUCUAAAUUUGAACGAGUUACUGAGUGAUGGCCCUUAUAAAGAAAACUUUCGUAAAGAUAUGAUAGAAUGGAGCGAUUCUGUAAGAGCCGAGGACUAUGGGUAUUUCUGUCGAGCUGCUAUGCUGGAUGCAAAAGCCGAAAUUAUAAUUGUUAGUGAUAUACGACGCAAGACAGAUAUUAAAUAUUUUCGUGAAACUUAUGGCCCACUUGUAUAUACAGUGCGUAUUAAUACCAAAAACACAGUACGCAUCGAUCGAGGCUGGAUUUUUACUAGCGGCGUCGAUGACGUUGUAUCCGAAUGUGAUUUGGACGAUUAUCAGCAAUGGGACUUAGUGCUGGAGAACAAUUGUAAAUCAGAUGGCGAAGAAUGCAUCAAAGCUAUAACAACGAAAUGUCAUCUAUAAAUUUAAGGAUUCGUUAAGUUCAAAAAAAAAAGUAAAUAAAUCAAAUUAGCUCUGAAACAUUCACUUAACUGUACUGAUUAUACAACUAAAUUAAAAAUGGAUGUACAUAUGUAGAUAGUCGUUUACCAAUAAUAAAAACCUGAUAAAGCAGCGUGAAUAUUAUAAACAGA